AUGCUCACAACACACCGCACCCCAUACCAUGUGCGUUCACACUCACACACACAUCACCCACGGGCUACCACAGCCAGCUACACCUCAUCUCAUGCUCACCUCAUCUCAUGCUCACCUCAUCUCAUGCUCACCUCAUCUCGUGCUCACCUCAUCUCGUGCUCACCUCAUCUCGUGCUCACCUCAUCUCGUGCUCAUCUCAUCUCGUGCUCACCUCAUCUCGUGCUCACCUCAUCUCGUGCUCACCUCAUCUCGUGCUCACCUCAUCUCGUGCUCACCUCAUCUCGUGCUCACCUCAUCUCGUGCUCACCUCAUCUCGUGCUCACCUCAUCUCGUGCUCACCUCAUCUCGUGCUCACCUCAUCUCGUGCUCACCUCAUCUCGUGCUCACCUCAUCUCGUGCUCACCUCAUCUCGUGCUCACCUCAUCUCGUGCUCACCUCAUCUCGUGCUCAUCUCAUCUCGUGCUCACCUCAUCUCGUGCUCACCUCAUCUCGUGCUCACCUCAUCUCGUGCUCACCUCAUCUCGUGCUCACCUCAUCUCGUGCUCACCUCAUCUCGUGCUCACCUCAUCUCGUGCUCACCUCAUCUCGUGCUCACCUCAUCUCGUGCUCACCUCAUCUCGUGCUCACCUCAUCUCGUGCUCACCUCAUCUCGUGCUCACCUCAUCUCGUGCUCACCUCAUCUCGUGCUCACCUCAUCUCGUGCUCACCUCAUCUCGUGCUCACCUCAUCUCGUGCUCACCUCAUCUCGUGCUCACCUCAUCUCGUGCUCACCUCAUCUCGUGCUCACCUCAUCUCCUGCUCACCUCAUCUCCUGCUCACCUCAUCUCGUGCUCACCUCAUCUCGUGCUCACCUCAUCUCCUGCUCACCUCAUCUCGUGCUCACCUCAUCUCGUGCUCACCUCAUCUCCUGCUCACCUCAUCUCGUGCUCACCUCAUCUCCUGCUCACCUCAUCUCCUGCUCACCUCAUCUCGUGCUCACCUCAUCUCCUGCUCACCUCAUCUCCUGCUCACCUCAUCUCCUGCUCACCUCAUCUCCUGCUCACCUCAUCUCCUGCUCACCUCAUCUCGUGCUCACCUCAUCUCGUGCUCACCUCAUCUCGUGCUCACCUCAUCUCGUGCUCACCUCAUCUCGUGCUCACCUCAUCUCGUGCUCACCUCAUCUCGUGCUCACCUCAUCUCGUGCUCACCUCAUCUCGUGCUCACCUCAUCUCGUGCUCACCUCAUCUCGUGCUCACCUCAUCUCGUGCUCACCUCAUCUCGUGCUCACCUCAUCUCGUGCUCACCUCAUCUCGUGCUCACCUCAUCUCGUGCUCACCUCAUCUCGUGCUCACCUCAUCUCCUGCUCACCUCAUCUCCUGCUCACCUCAUCUCGUGCUCACCUCAUCUCGUGCUCACCUCAUCUCCUGCUCACCUCAUCUCGUGCUCACCUCAUCUCGUGCUCACCUCAUCUCGUGCUCACCUCAUCUCGUGCUCACCUCAUCUCGUGCUCACCUCAUCUCGUGCUCACCUCAUCUCGUGCUCACCUCAUCUCCUGCUCACCUCAUCUCCUGCUCACCUCAUCUCCUGCUCACCUCAUCUCCUGCUCACCUCAUCUCCUGCUCACCUCAUCUCGUGCUCACCUCAUCUCGUGCUCACCUCAUCUCGUGCUCACCUCAUCUCGUGCUCACCUCAUCUCGUGCUCACCUCAUCUCGUGCUCACCUCAUCUCGUGCUCACCUCAUCUCGUGCUCACCUCAUCUCGUGCUCACCUCAUCUCCUGCUCACCUCAUCUCGUGCUCACCUCAUCUCCUGCUCACCUCAUCUCGUGCUCACCUCAUCUCGUGCUCACCUCAUCUCGUGCUCACCUCAUCUCGUGCUCACCUCAUCUCGUGCUCACCUCAUCUCGUGCUCACCUCAUCUCGUGCUCACCUCAUCUCAUGCUCACCGAAUGGUGGUGGCCAUGUCAGAGAAGGAGGGAGCAGGAGGGGAGGAGGGCGACGGGGAAGAAAGGAGGGGCGGCGGCGUGACCAUCACUCAGUGA